AUGUUUGGUUGUUCUUCUGGUACUCCUCCUCCCCAGGUCCCGACAGUUCCGGCUCAGACGACUACCAGUGCUUUCUUGCCAACCACCAACACCGGUACGGCUACUUAUCCGAAGACUACACAAACACCGACUAGGAGAAUGCUGGGUACCUACACAUGGUCGCAGAACUACUGGCGUGAUGGUAACGAGAAGCUCUUUGAAUUCCUCAACUCUGAUAUGGGACAAGAAUGGAACUGUGGUGAUGUUUCUGUGAAUAUCGCAGACAGCACCAACGCUCACGCCCUCGCGACCCCCGAGAAACUGGUAGAAUUUAUGGUCAACUUCAGAAGAAAAACCAACAAUCAGGGCAUCCUAUGGUUAACAUAUGGUGAUGUCGUUUCCAAGGAAGGCGCUUUGAUGGUUGCAUUUGUACAAACUUUCAAGGACUUCCUCAUCAACUAUGUGGACGCCAACACGAUGGCUGAAAUUGCACCGAUCGGGCUGAGCUUUGACGUGGAGCAUAUAGAACAGAAUUACAUCAAGGAGGCUCUUCAAGACGCCCAACAGAUGAAGGAAGAUCUUCACAAGGGUCUUGGUUACUUACCUAACUCUAUUUAUGUUCAGUACACGAUCGAAGGCGCGCCUGAUACGUUGGGUACGCAAUAUGUGAUGCAGUAUGCUGAUUCGGCGUUGAUGAUGUUGUAUAGGAAUGAAAUCAAGGACACUACUGGGAAUAAUGCCGACGAUCUGCUGGGGCGUCUACGUUGGAUGUUGCACGAUCAAUGUCUAGUAUGCACACAACCGGGGUGGCAGAAUCUUAAGGCUAAGAUCACCAUCAUGGUAGAGGGAUCUUGUAAAAUGGGUUCGAAUUGUCAUAAGAUCUCUAUGUGUGCUUUUGAUUCUGCAACAUACCCUAAUCCUUCUGGUGGCAUCGAAUACGCUUGGAAUACCCUGAACAAAAUGAAGGCCCUUAUGGUCCCGGAUGGAAUUGUUACCCAAGAGCAGUACGAUGGGUUGUUCAAUCACGAAGGCACUUUGUUCACCCUCCAUAAUUGGGAAUGGACCCGUUGUUAUUAUGGAGAUUCAUUUUCCCAGUCUAUGGGUUACAUUGUACAUAAGCUCGCCUUCUACCAAGAGGAACCAGGAGUUCCUAGUCACAACAGGUUUACUCGUAUAUUAUAG